GGGUCGGGGGAGACAGAGGGUUUGAAGCCUGAUAGGUAGACUUCCUUGAGGUGUGAGGUGGAAGUAAGGUUCUUUGGGUUUUCUGACUCAUCAGUGCUAAGUGGGAGAGGGGCGUGGUACUUCUUGCUUAUUGUUUUCUACAUCCAGGCAGUCUGCAAUAAGGAAAUUUAAGUACUUCUCAUUUCACAGAGUAAAGUUUUGCCUUUAAAUUAGGGUAAAGAAGCUGCUGAAAGAUUAAUGCACAAUGUAGAAAUGUGUUCUGACUUCUUGUUUUCUUAAAAUGCAUAUCUUUGUCUUGACUAUAGGUGAGGACAUGUCCAAAGAAAAGGCUGGCCAAUCGAAGAUUCAUGAUGAUGAUUGAUGAGAUUCUGGAAGUGUUAUCUGAUACUGAUGACUGUAUGAUCCAGGAGUUUCCAAUAAUUAUCAGUGAUGAUGAUGAUAGUAAUGUGGAGGGCCCUGUGACAACAGAAGAGGAUGCAGCUGAUGAGGGCCAAAUGUCCUCAAUUGAAAAGGAGAUGGAGCAGUGUGCUGAUGAUACUGGUGAAAAUCUCUGCCAACCACCAAAUGCUGCUGAGGUUGAAGUAGAGAUUUCAGAUAUAAAAAUGUCAACUGAUGGACCUGUACCAAAGAAAAGGAAACGUAAAACCAAAAAUAUAUGUAUGACACCUGGUAAGCCAGUCAAGCUAAGUAUCCCUGUUCCCCCAAGUAGCCCUCCCAGUGUGCCAGCCACGCCUGCCUUGCCCUUUCCCCUGGAUAUGUGUCUUGUUGGGUCUGCCUUUCCUACCUGCCAACCCUGUGCCAUUUCAACAGCUUCCUCCUUUUGCAGGAACACUAACUGCAAUAUACCUGGAUGUUUCUUGCAUAACAUUGAAAAGUUAAAGCAGUAUUCUGGAAGAAAAUUCAAGAAAAAUAAGGAUGAACUGGUUCAGAAAUUGUACACUCUGAUGAACAACACUGUCUUUGAGAACAAGCUGCCAGAGAGACUGGAUAUCUGCUGGAAUAAUAAGAUGCUGAGAACUGCUGGCUUGUGCAACUCUGGCAUGUUUCCUUACCCGAGGGAGCGUUACACUAAGAUUGAGAUUUCUCUGAAAGUCUGCGAUUCUGCAGACCGAAUCCGGGAUACUUUGAUACAUGAGCUAUGCCACGCAGCCUCCUGGCUGCUUGAUGGCAUCCGUGAUUCUCAUGGCCACGCAUGGAGAUAUUAUGCCAGAAAAUGUAAUUUGGUGCACCCAGAGCUGCCCUUAAUCACCCGUUGCCAUAACUACAAGAUUAACUACAAGAUUUAUUAUGAGUGUGCUCAAUGCAAAACCAGGGUUGGCCGCUACACCAAAUCGUUGGACGUUGUGCGCUUUGUCUGUGCCGAAUGCAAGGGACCUCUGGUCCUGCUGCCGUCAACUCGGAAAGAUGGGACCCCCAUAAAGCCCCAUGUUAGACCCUUUGCCAAAUAUGUGAAGCUGCAUUACAAAUUAGUUAGGGAGCAGAAGGAAGGCCUCACCCAUGGGGAUGUGAUGAGAAUGCUCAGAAAGGAUUACUUUAUCUGUAAAGAAAAGAAACAGCUUUGAGGUUAUGUGAGAGGGUAUCUGUGGGAGCUGAGUCCUCCACUGUGAAGAAGUCUUAGAAAAAUAUCUUUAUUUCUAUGAAGUUAUGGAUAAUAGAAUUUAAAUCCUUUUACUAAAGCUUUUAUUGUUGAUAUUUAUUCUUUAACCAAAGAUUGUAUUACUCAGCACUUUGUGCCCUUGACAGUGCUCAGAAGCCCUUUGGGCCCACCUUAUGUCUUACUUACACUCCAGAGUUGUAACUUGUAGAAUGAAAUGCAAAAGCAAAAUACAUUUUUGAGAGUGGCCAGCAGAGAGAAUGUGAGUAAUGCUGGAAAGGGAACACAUUUUAAAGGCAGCAAGGACUGCUGGCAGAUGUAACCUGUAACACCUACCUAGAAAUAAGCAUGUUUCAUGAAUUUAGUUUCUCUUGCCAAUUGUUCACAAAAUAAAAAUAAAUAAAAUGUUUUCUGCAAUUCA